AGCUCAACAUACGAGUCCAUCUACGAGCCCAUCACGCCGCGCCCCUCCAGCCAGAUGUCGAACAAGUCAGGCUACAGCCUCUAUGGGCCCUACACGUCUCCAAGGGCCCGUGGCUUGGCCCCACCCCCAAGCAACCAGCCUUUGGUCAACCCUGACAAAGUGGGGAAGGAGGCCGAGGUGGAUGCCCUCACCAACCUCCUUGUGCAGUCAAUGGAUAGUACCAAUGACCCAGAGUUCUUUGGUGCGUAUGAAUCGUGCAUUUGUACUCGCUGUGGGGAAAAGGUUGUGGGAGAGGGCAGUGGAUGCACAGCAAUGGAACAGGUGUACCACAUCAAGUGCUUUGUCUGCAUAGUGUGUCACCUCCAGCUCCAGGGCAAGCCUUUUUAUGCUCUCGACUCUAAGCCAUAUUGCGAAGACUGCUACCUAAAUACUCUAGAGAAAUGCUGUGUAUGUACGAAGCCCAUUCUAGACCGCAUCUUGCGAGCGACUGGGAAGCCCUACCACCCACAGUGCUUUACAUGCGUCGUGUGCAACAAGUCCCUGGACGGCAUUCCAUUCACAGUCGAUGCCUCAAAUCAGAUCCACUGUAUAGAUGAUUUCCAUAAAAAGUUUGCUCCUCGCUGUACUGUGUGCCAUGAGCCUAUUAUGCCAGAGCCAGGAAAGGACGAGACAGUUAGAGUUGUUGCUCUUGAUCGCUCAUUCCAUGUUAAUUGCUACAAGUGUGAGGACUGUGGUUUGGUGUUGUCCUCGGAAGCGGAGGGGAGGGGCUGUUACCCCCUCGACGGCCAUGUCCUGUGCAAGAGUUGCAAUGCGCGUCGGGUACAAGCCAUCACCUCCAAGGUCACCACCGACCUGUAGGCAGAGACAGAGAGAAGGGGUUGGGGGAGGCUCCACCGCGCACUGAGCACUUUGUUUUUUACAGCACCGAGAGUGUCCUGAGGAUUGCCCUUGUUAGUCAAAGUUCAUGUUAUUUUUGAUGAAUAGGUUUGGCUUUUUUCUAGCC